UCACACUCUUCUAUGAUCAUGAGCUAUAUACCAAUCUUCUUAUCAUCGUUGAGUUUCACUCAAUGAUGGAACUAGAUUAUGGUUUCGACUUCGAGGACUUUUUUCCAUCCAUGAUUGCACGCUUUGGUGCAGAAGGGUUUAUUGGGGAACUCUGCAACGGGUUUCGUUUGCUAAUGGAUGUGAACAAGAGCCUCAUAACGUUCGAGAGCUUGAAGAUGAACACUUUGUUGCUUGGUUUAGAGGUCAGCGAUGAUGAGCUCGUGUGCAUGCUAAUGGAAGGUGAUUUGGAUGGAGAUGGUGCUCUUAACCAAAUGGAAUUCUGCAUUCUCAUGUUUAGGUUGAGUCCAAGUUUGAUGGAUUCAAGGUAUGGUUCCAAUGUUAAUGUAAUGGAAUAUAAAUCUUCUAUAACUUAAUCUUCUACAUAUAUAAACUUCUCUUUUUCAAUAAAAAGUCUAUCCUUCAGCUAGAAUCGAGAUCAAAGAGAGAAGAAUAUUGUAGUAGCUUUCAAAUAUUUGUAAUUAAAUGACAAAAACUACUCUUUCAGAUUAUAUUUCAUUGUUUCAAUGCAGUGAUGGUUAUUGCUUUAUGUAGAUUCCAUUACCAUGUGUUCUGCUUUCCAAUAUUACAUUAGGUGAUA